UUCAACAGCACGAGACAGUCACAAUAAGAUACCUGUUAUCCAGCAAAUGUUUUCAUAUAAGUUGAAAUUUGUACGAGAAGGAAAAUCAAAAGAUGAGUGACAGUAGCAAUGAGAGUUCAUUGUCUCCAUCAACUGAAGUCUCUGCAGUACCCUCAAAGCGGCGAAAAAUGGAAACAUCUAACGGUUCAGGCGUUGACUCUUACAGCAAUGACUCUAUACUUGGCACUGAGUGGGAAUUGAAGCAUACAAAAAGAGAACUUGCAGUCCUCCGCGUCAAAUUAUUUGAAACCGAGGCUGCUGGUAUUCAGCAUCACAAAUUGAGGAAACAAAUCGAAGAACUGUUUGAGAAAGAGAAGAGUAUCCUGCAAAAGCAGGCGCAGGUGGACAGAGAGACGAUAGAACAACUGCGAGAGGAUCUGAAGGCAUCGAUGAAAAGUCUUCGUGAGGCACGUGAAGCCAAGACUGUUCUAGAAGCUCAGCUGUCCCUCGCGAAAACUCAAAUGAGGAAUCAAAUUGCAGGUUCAUUGAAGACCUACAAGAAGUCUGAAGAGACAAUCAGACUCCAAAAUAUCGAACUGAAGGACGCGAAGCUUACGAUUGAGCGGUUGAAUAAAGAGAAACGAAUCCGUGAAAUGCGCGAGGCUCCAGUAGGUGGAAAAAAAAGUGAAGCCUUGCAAAAGGAAUCACAGGAUGAGGACGAGGAAGUUACGGCAAUUGUGAUGAAAAAGGAGCCCGUCGUUGUGUCAAGUGGUGAUUCCUCAGAUCAAAACGAGACCGUAAUAUUAUUAGCCAAUACUUCUAAAAGAGUUUCAUCCCCGGAUUCGAGUGACAGUGAUGACUCUUCAUCAGUGAUCCUACCUAUAAAUCAGUCGUCAUCAUCAGCAGCCCUGAAUAACACCACUCGUAUUAUCGUUGGCUUGUCCCCACGUUCUUCUUCAUUCGGUGGUGGUAAAAAUGAAGAUGAUCCCUCAUCCCCCUCUUCAUCAGAUAAUUCGUCCGAACCAUUAGAUCAGAACCCUCCCUCCUCGUCUAAUAAUUCUAAUGAUUCAGAGAAUGCGAUGGACAGGAUUAGCAGACGCCUAUCGAUAGGGAAUCAUUAUGUAUUGGUGUCGAGUGAGCAAUUCUACCAACUUGAUUGGGACGCAGAGCGCUUUCGGGGGGGACUAGGCCACUGGUGUUGCAAGAAAUGUUCUUACACUUCGCCGAACAAAGUGGGAAUUGAGGAUCAUGUGUGGACCACACAUUAUGGAGGGAAAUUCGAGUGUCCUCACUGUGACAUUUGCCACACUCUUGCUACCGGCAGGUAUGCUGCCAUGGAGUAUGCUAAAAGAAAGCACCCGGAUAAGUAUCAGUAAUGGUACUUAAUAUUGUAUCCACUCGCUUAAAUUGUUGUGGAGAAGCAGAUACCAUUGAAUACUCAUUUGUCUCAUUGUAAUACGUUUUACAAUGCCUUUCCUAAAGUUAAAUAUAGUAUUAGGAGAGAUAUUCUUUAGGAAAAUUCUAGUGCUGUAAAGUAAAAUUGAAGUAGAAUCUAGUUUUCUUCUGGUAAAAUUUCAAGGGAUUUCUGGUAAAAUUCCCGGAGAUAUCAGCGGAAAGUUCAUAUGAAUACGGGAAAAAUUCACGUGCUACCUAAUGAAAUUUCCAGUAUCACCACUGGAAUUUUUCCUUGACCGACAAGUUACGUCCGUUCCCCGAGCUACUACUAGAAUUAUCAAAAAGAAUUUCUCUAUGUAUACCUACAAGGCAAUCAUAAAAGUAUGAACCUGUAAUUACUUCUACCAAAUCGCCUCUUAGAAGUUGUCACAUACGAAAAAACUUCAUAGAAAAAUCUACCGCAUUUACUAGAGAAUUCUAUCACAUUUCGACAGAAUUUCCAUAGAAAAAACCAAUAGUUGUCUACUGGUUCUAU